AUGUCUUGGACAAAUCUCUGCCUCGUAUGCAUCUCCUUGAACUGGCCACUUCUGUUUCAGUCCUUGAAGAGUAGAUCUACUGGCAAUGAACAAAUUCCCAAUACCGUCGCGCUUCACUCUUCCCUCGACAGCCUCCUCGCUUGUCAAUGCAAGCUGUGCAAAGCCAUCGCAGAAAGAUUCAGGGACAGCAAGAUCGACCGAGAGAAGACGAAUCGCUCAGCUGCUCGUUUAAGAUCUGCACCUCUGCUGAGUACCUCGCACAGCCUUCUCGAGGCUGCCCCAGCCACCAUCCCGGAUUCGGUCUUCAGUAUCUCACCCGGGCCCUCCAGGACCAGCCAGAACAAGGCCUCUCACUGAUCGGGCCAUGGCCGCUAAGAAGAGAGGGCGUGAGUGGGCAGCUGAGGCAGAGAAGAUGCACGAUUAGCAGUAGGCCGUCGUCUUCACAAACGGUGGAUGAACUAGAUCGUUGGCUUCUCUCAAUCCAGGGGAGAUACCUUGACCCAAAGGCCGACCC